UGUGAGUGACCGUUACUGAAUAUUAGUGUUAAAAAUUAUCAAGUUUCAUUCGACACGGUGGUUACUUGUGAAUUAAAUUAAAUUCAUAAACAUUUUAUGUGAAUUAGUGUAUCCUGUUAUGACUAAAUUUAAUGUGCCGUUGAAUAAAUGAAUGUUUGUUGUGUACUUUGAAAUAAUAGGAUAAAAGUGAUUAUUAUAUUGGAUUACGGAUUUCUGUGUAUACAAUUAAGGAACAACGGGGUGCAGUGCCGCAGCCGCAAGGAGUAUCGAUGAGCCGGCGCUAGCUCUCGCGCGAGAGGAGCGUCUCGACACGCUGCGUGCACAUAUAAAAUAGGGGCGGUGUGUGAGUGUCGCACCGUCAUGUCACACCACAGCGAUGAACAGGCGCUGUUGAGCGUCGCCUCCGACUCGUUCUGGGAGCCGGGGAACUAUAAGCGCACAACACGACGAAUUGACGAUGGCCACCGGCUAUGCAGCGAGCUGCAAGCACUUGUGCAGGAACGAGCUGAUAUAGAAAAGACGUAUGCAAAGAGUUUGCGCGCCUGGGGCAAGAAAUGGAAUGAUCUUAUUGAGAAAGGGCCGGAGUACGGCACGAUGGAGGCUGCGUGGAAAGGCGGUAUGGUGGAGGCAGAGAGGCUGUCGGACCUCCACCUGGGAGUGCGCGACCGCCUCGUCAAUGACGUUAUCGCACAGAUCAAGAACUGGCAAAAGGACACCUAUCACAAAUCAAUGAUUCAACUGAAAGAGCGUAAAGAGAUGGACGAAGCAUUCAAGAAGGCACAGAAACCUUGGGCCAAACUGCUGCAGAAGGUAGAACGUACACGACUCGAGUACCACACGGCGUGCAAGCAGGAGCGCACCGCGCAGAACCAGGAGCGAAAUGCUAGCGGUGACAGCUCGCUCAGUCCUGACCAGGUCAGUUCACAGGUUAAAAAGAUGGCGGAGCGUGUAUCGAAGUGUCGAGAAGAAGUGUCAAAGUCCCGCGAGAAAUACCAGUCAGCCCUCGCCGAGAUCACAGGCUACAACCCACGGUACAUCGAGGAUAUGACUGCGGUCUUUGAACGCUGCCAACAGAUGGAGGCACAGAGAUUAACCUUCUUCAAAGAUGUGCUGUUUAGCUUCCAUAAGUGUUUAAAUAUCAGUCAGGAGCCCACUUUACCACAAAUAUACGAAGAAUUCCAUCAUACAAUAAACAAUGCUGACCACCAAAAGGACUUGAAAUGGUGGGCGAACAACCACGGCGUCAACAUGGCGAUGGCAUGGCCGCAGUUCGAGGAGUACACGGAGGAGUUCCGGGACAUCGCGAAGGGCAAGUCCAAGGAGAGCCUGCCCACUGGACCCAUCACGCUGCUCAACCAGCGCCCCGUCAGCGAGGACGAGUUGCCGCCGAUAAAUUCAACGAAGACGAGUAAAAAUACGAACCAUUCGGAGACGAUCAACAGUACACAGAACAUCGCGCUGCACAACAACACCAGCGCUAAUAAUACCAUCGACAAGAAGACCAUCAGUGCCCCCAUUGCAGUCACGAAUGGAACAGCGAGCGCACCAAAGACGGACAAAACGUCCCCGAGCAAGGAGGGCGGUGUGCGGGGUGAGGGGCGAGGCGAGGUGGUUAGGCGGGGGGAGGGGCGCGGGGAGGGGAGGCAGGAAAACCCCUUCGAGGAGGAGGAGUGGGAGGAGGAGGGAGGCGCGCUGGAGGACUCUGGCGAGCCCGGUGUGCCAGUGCGCGCGCUCUACGACUACACCGGCGCGGAGAGCGACGAGCUCAGCUUCCGGCAAGGUGAUCUAUUCGAAAAGCUAGAAGAUGAAGACGAACAGGGCUGGUGCAAAGGACGCAAGGAUGGCCGCGUCGGUCUCUACCCCGCAAACUAUGUCGAGCCCGUGGGGCACUAGCGCAAUGGGGGCACUGGCGCAGUGGGGGCACAGCUUUGUACCUGUCUAUUAAACUAUCGCGAUGUCACAUUGAAAGUAAUGUGAUUGAAUGCUUUAUAUAAUUUGAAAACACGAUAGUUUUGUGAGUGAAUGUCGCCGCAUUGUUCAUACAAAUGUGCUCGAUGUAUAUUUAUUUUAACAAGUUGACCCUCAUGUUAUGUAUGAAACGAAGCAAUAAUUGUAACUGAAUUUAAAUUUGUUUGAUUGUUUUUUUUUAAUGAAAACGAUUAUUCCCAAGUUAUAAAAUCGAUUUUUUAACGAUUAUUUCGUCUCGAUAUCUUCGACACAAAAUGUUUUAUUU